AUGGGAGCUUCUACAAUACGAGAUAUAACUAAAUCUACAUGUGAGCAAAUAUGGAACAUACUUCAACCGUUAUUUAUGGCAAUCAAACAAGAAGAUGACUGGAUUAAAAUUGCUGACGAAUUUUAUACUCGCACAAAUUUUCCCAAUAUCAUUGGAGCGGUAGACGGCAAGCAUAUUAGGAUGAUACAACCAGAACAUUCCGGAACAUCGAAUUUUAAUUACAAAAAAUUCUUCUCUUGCGUUUUAAUGGCUUGGACAGAUGCAGAUUAUAAAUUUGUCGACAUAGAUGUUGGUUCUUAUGGAACAGCUAGUUAUUCAGAAAUAUUUAAAACAUCUCAAAUGGGAAAACGGCUUUCUGACAACCAGCUUAAUAUUAAUUACCCCCGGGAGGCAUUUGCCAAAUGA